UGCAUGAAAAUGUCAUCUAAUUGGUCACUUACAAAAAUGGCCCCACAAGUCUACUAUAGACUUAUUAGCCGAACACCAAACACAGUCUCUAUCUCCUCCUCCCUUUCUCUUCAUUUUCAUGUCUCCUCUCUUGAGACUAAAUUUCUUCCUUAUUAUGGCUUAAAUUUCAUCUCUAAUUACUUUUUUUCUAUUUCCUCAACUGUAUUCAACUAAUCUCUUUUUUUUAGGGUGAAUAGUGUGUUCUGUGGGAAGAUCAUUUGAAGGGUUUAUAGGGAUGCAGAAGAUGGGGUCCAUGCCUUGGUGGGUUAAUUCAGGAUCACAAGAUGAGCCAAUCAGUUCACCUAAUCUUACUCAAAUUGAUUGGGUUGGUGAGCAUCAAAAGUCUGAUGGAAUUGGUUCACCAGAGAAAGAUAAACAAGGAGUCUUCCAUCUUUCUUUUUCUGCUGAGGAGAACAAGAACUCUUUGAAAGAAAACGAUGUGCUCGAACUUCAAACAAACAAUUUUCCGCAACUAUUCUAUCCCCACCAGAAGAACUAUUUUGAGCUAGGACUCGGUCAGCCAAUGGUUUAUGCAAAUUAUUCUCAUGUAGACCAAUGCCAUGGGUUUUUCGCGGUGCAUGGGGCUCAGCCUACGGGUCGUGUAAUGCUACCAUUCAGCUUAACAACUGAAGAUGGACCUAUUUAUGUAAACCCAAAACAGUAUCAUGGGAUUUUACGUCGCCGUAAAAUGAGAGCUAAGGAAGGGAUGAAGAACCGGUCUACCAAAGAUAAGCCAUAUAUUCAUGAAUCACGACACCGCCAUGCUUGUCGCCGUGCAAGAGGUGCUGGUGGACGCUUCCUGAACACCAAGAAUUUUGAGAAUAAUAAAGUCAAACCGGAAACUAAAAAGACAUCUGCUGAUCAAUUGACCUUCCUUUCGUCCCAAUCAUCAAGCUCAGAAGUUCUUCAAUCCGAAGGUAGGCACUUAAACUGUUCAAAGGAAGUUUCCGACUGCAAAAGCUCAAACUUCUCUAGCUCCGAAGUGACUAGCAUGUAUUAUAGCAAAGAAUUCGAUUGCUUUGGAUUAAAUCCAAGCCGUCCAUUUGCGUUCCACGCUUUACCAAAUCUCGAAGAAAGCAGGCAAGGCGGUAAUGGUAAUUGGGUUGCAACAGCAGAUAGCUGCUGCAACCUCUUUAAAGCUUGAGAGAGCACGGUUAGUAAGGAUGGUUACGUUAAAAUGUCGAUUCUUUACCGAUUAUGUAAUCAUCCUUGUCUCUAGCCGCAACAAAGGCGUAUAAAAAGCUCUUUGAAGUGGUAAUGUUCUCUCUUGGCAAGUCAUCCUCUGGCUAUUUUAGGCCCUUCUUUUGCUGCCCACUUUCAACUCUUGGGCUGUAUGGCUUUAGAGUGGCUGCAAUGAUGAGGCCUUUUUGUAAGAUACUAAACACCUUUUAUCUCAAGGAUGUCCUAUACUUGAGUUUGUAGUUUAUAGGUUUGUUGUAUUUGUCAUAAAUCUCAGUGCGGACAUUUCUCUUUGUCCUCUCUUUGAAAGGGUUAUAGAUAUGAUUUGUCCGCUGUCUUUCUCCACCCGGACUCUGACUUGUGAGGGAUAUUGGGUUGCUGUGAUUGUCAUAACUUAAGGUUUGCUAGACUUUGAUGUCUUUGUCUAUGCUUGUAUCGUUGAUUGAUUGCUAUGGGUCUAUGCUACAUUGAAUUUGUAAUAAAUAUGUACAUGUAUUUGGUUGCUUCUACUUGAUCUUGAUCAAUAGCACAUAUGGAAUUUGGAUUUUGGAGUGUUGAAGAAAGAUAACAAAAGGUUGAAAUGAUGAAAUGAUUAUAAGAAAGUUCGUUUAGUCGUUGCUAAUAAAAUGCUUAUUUGAUGCCAAAUUCGAGCAAAAAGAUUUCUAAUUGGAAAAAAAAAGCGCUGAGUCGGU